CAGGGCUACCUCGGAUGAGGCCAUUCUGGGCCUGGGACAAAAUGGCCGCCAAGGACGGGGCGCAGUCAGGCUUCGGCCUGCGGUUUCACGCCGAGCUGGAGCAAGGGGUCCAUGGGCGGAUUAAAAUGGAGGAAGAGGACCCGUCAGAUUCCACGUCAGGGGAGGGAUUGGAGGAAGCCCCUCAUAGCACGCAGGCCGGGAGGAUCCGGGAUUUCUUGCAAAGACCUCCUGGGGAACAUGAAGCCGACGAAGGGCUGCUUCAGCGUUGGGAAACCCAGUGGCAGGAGUUUUUGAAGACUUUGGAGUACCCCCACUCAGAAUGGGAGACCCCACAGCUGCUAGAGGAAUCCACCCCGUGGGACGACACCAAGGCCUUCCUGGCCUCCUUCGAGCAAGUGGCCGAGGCCUGCCGGUGGCCGCGAGAGGACUGGAUGGCCCGUCUCCUGCCGGCCCUCAACGGGGAAGCCGAGCAGAUUUUCAGCAACCUCGAUACCAGAGACAGGGUGGACUACGACAAAGUGAAGGCGGCCAUCUUGCGCGGGGAUGCCAUUAGCAGGGAGAGGCAGCGCCAGAACUUCCGGCGGUUCUGCUACCAGGAGGCCGAGGGACCGAGGGGCGUCUUCAGCCGGCUACAGAAGCUUUGCCACCGAUGGCUGAAAGUGGACCGGCACAGCAAGGAGCAGAUCCUGGAGUUGUUGAUCCUGGAACAGUUCUUGGCCAUCCUGCCCUCAGAAAUGCAGAGCUGGGUCAGGGAACAUGGCCCAGAAACCUGUUUCCAAGCGGUGGCCCUGGCCGAGGAUUUCCUGCAGAGGCAGCGACCGGACGAGAGCUGGGAAGAACAGGAGCUUGGACCCAUCGAGGAGGUAGCGCUGGAUUUCUCCGAGGAAGAAGAGUCUCCGCUGAGUGGUGAACGGAGGCAGGGUUCCAGAGAGGCCGACAGUGAGGUUGAUGGUGGAGACGCCAGCUCCCUGGCAGGUGAAGGAUGGAUGAGAGCCGAUGAGGAGGUGAUGUCUGAGUUGGAAGGUUUUGAUCGAGCACAGCAAAACAGGACACCAAAGGGAGGGAGACAAGAAAACAAGCAAGGCAGAGAAAAGAAAGGAAAUAACCUUCCAGAGAGAGCAGAAACAUCCGUACUUUGGGAGGGUGAUGAACCCCUUGAUAGAGCUGGAGGACAACAGAGAAUCCACAAAGCUAAGACAAAAGACACAUGCAAGGUUGGUGGGUGGAGCUUCAGGAACAGGUCCAGUCUUAUUAAACAAGAGAGAAGUGACACAUAUAAAUGCUCUGACAGCAGGAAAAGCUUCAAGGUGAUCUCUCACUUCAUUUCCCAUAAAGGAAACCAUGGAGAAAGGAAGCCACACAGAUGCCCAGACUGUGGGAAAUCCUUUAUUGCCAAAGCACACCUUAUUAUUCAUCAGAGAAUACACACUGGAGAGAAGCCGUUUAAAUGCUUGGCCUGCGGGAAAACUUUUGCCCAGCGUUCUAACCUUACCGUCCAUCAAAGAAUCCACACAGGAGUGAAGCCAUUCCAGUGCUCUGACUGUGGGAAAAGCUUUUGUUCCAGCACCAACCUUACCAAACAUCAGAGCAUCCAUGUAAAAGAGAGCUCGUAUAAAUGCUUAGCUUGUGGGAAAAGCUUCAAGGUGCACUCUCACUUUAUUGCCCAUAAGCGGAUCCAUGCCAGGAAGAAAUCGCAUAAAUGUUCGGACUGUGGGAAAUCUUUCCUUGCUGCAUCGCACCUCAUUAUACAUCAACGAAUUCACACUGGAGAGAGACCCUACAAAUGCUUGGAUUGUGGGAAAACCUUCAGCCAGAAUGCUCACCUUAAUGUCCAUCAGCGAACCCACAAAAGGGUAAAAUCAUUCCAGUGUUCUGACUGUGGAGAAAGCUUUCGUUCCAGGUUCAAACUUAUCCAACAUCAAAGAAUCCACACAGGAGAAAACCGCUAUAAAUGCUCCGAGUGUGGGAAAACCUUCAGGGUGAACUCGCACCUUAUUGCUCAUAGGAGGAACCACACAGCCAAAAAACCACAUAAGUGCUCAUACUGUGGGAAAUCCUUCUUCACCAAAUCCUACCUUAUCAUCCAUCAGAGAAUUCACACUGGAGAAAGACCAUAUAAAUGCUUGACCUGUGGGAAAGGUUUCAGCCAAAGUUCACACCUUAAUGUCCACAAACGAACACAUACCAGUGUAAAGCUGUUCCAGUGUUCUGACUGUGGGCAAAGUUUUAAUUCUAGCAGGAAACUUCUGAAGCAUCAAAGCAUCCACACAGGGGAGAGCCUGUAUAUAUGUUCUGAUUGUGGGAAAAGCUUCAAAGUGCAUUCUCACCUUAUUGCUCACAAGAGAAUCCACGCAGCAAAGAAACCACAUAAGUGUUCAUACUGUGGGAAGUCCUUCUUUGCCAAAUCAUACCUUAUCAUCCACCAGAGAAUUCACACAGGAGAGAGACCAUACAAAUGCUUGGCCUGUGGGAAAAGCUUCACGCAGAGCUCACACCUUACUGCUCAUGAAAGAACCCACACAGGGAAAAAGCCGUUUCAGUGUUCAGACUGUGGGAAAAGUUUCCGGGUGAGGUCUCGCCUUAUUGCACACAAGCGAAUUCAUGAAGUUAAAAAAAACCAUAAGUGUUCCUACUGCAGUAAAACCUUCAAUUUCAAGUCUUAUCUUAUCAUACAUGAAAGAAUGCACACAGGAGAAAGGCCGUACAAAUGUUUGGCCUGUGGGAAAAGCUUUAGUCAGAGAUCACAUCUUAAUGUCCAUCAAAGAACUCAUGUUGGAAAGAAGCCGUUCCAGUGCUCUGAAUGUGGGGAAAGCUUUCGAGUGCGCUCUAAACUUCUUUCCCACAAGAGAAUCCACACAGCAAAGAAACCACAUAAUAAGAAUAACAAUAACAAUAGUAAUAGUAAUAAGAAUAACAAUAAAUGCUUGGAUUGUGGGAAAUCUUUCAUUUCCAAAUCGUACUUUAUCAUCCAUCAAAGAAUCCAUACAGGAGAGAGACCCUACAAAUGCGUGGCCUGUGGGAAAUGUUUCAGUCAGAGUUCCCACCUGACAGUCCAUCAAAGAACUCACAGGGGAGAGAAGUCGUUUCCAUGUUCAGACUGUAGGGAAAGUUUUAGUUCUCGCAUGAAGCUUCUUAAGCAUCAGAGAAUCCACAUUAACGGAAACCCUUUCCAAUGCUCGGACUGCGGAAAAUCAUUUGUCACCAAGUCUCAGCUUGUGAUACAUCAGAGAAGCCACACAGGGGAAAGGCCUUAUAAAUGCUUGGACUGUGGGAAAGGGUUCAGCCAGAGUUCAAACCUUAUUAGGCAUCAGAGGAUUCACUCAGGGCAGAACCCCUAUAAAUGUUCAGACUGUGGGAAAAGCUUCUGUUCAGAUGAGAAUCUUAUUAAGCACCAGAGAAUCCACACAUAAAUAAACAAGAUCCUGUAUGUGCUCGCACACUAUUGGAAGGCUGUUGAAGUGUACAGACUUCAGCAAUGAAUUGCAUUUUGUUAGCUGGUGUGGGGUAGGGGGAACCGUCUAUGACAAAACAUCGCACCGCUGCUCCGAGAGCUUCUGUCAUGAUAACUUAAGAAUUUGCUGCUCAUCAGAGAAUCUGUUGAGGAAACCUUGAAGGAAAACGCUUUGACAUACCAGUGCAGAUCUUUCUGUAUGUUCCAAACCCACAAUCAGAACUCGAACCCGCAACAGCUUCUGAACCUAGGACCUGAGGAGGGUCAAGGGGUUCACUCUGAGUGCCAUCACCUAGCUUUGCCCAAAAGAGAGAACUGCAGGGAAGCCGCCAAGGAUGUCUCUUAACAAUAAUAGGCCAGAGUGGGUCGUGAGGUACUUCUUGACCUUUGUAAGAGCUUCCGGGUCGCACAUGCUAACUUUCCUC